CGCCAGGAGGCAGCCAACACCGACUGGUAGUCUGCAGGCAAAGAUGGCGGUGCGGAAGAAAGACGGCGGCCCCAAUGUAAAAUAUUUCGAAGCAUCUGACACCGUUUCGCAGUUUGAUAAUGUCCGCGUCUGGCUGGGCAAGAAUUACAAAAAGUACAUCCAGGCCGAGCCCCCCACCAACAAAUCCCUGUCCAGCCUGGUGGUCCAGCUGCUCCAGUUCCAGGAGGAGGUGUUUGGCAGACAUGUCAGCAACCCUCCCCUCACUAAGCUGCCGAUGAAGUGUUUUCUAGACUUUAAAUCAGGGGGGGCUCUCUGCCACAUUCUGGCUGCUGCCUACAAGUUCAAGAGUGACCAAGGAUGGCGCAGGUUUGACUUCCAGAAUCCAUCGAGGAUGGACCGAAAUGUGGAAAUGUUCAUGACAAUUGAGAAAUCUUUAGUACAGAACAACUGCCUGAGCCGACCUGUCAUCUACCUGAGUUCUGACAUUGAACCGAAGCUGCUUGGAAAACUGAAAGACAUCAUUAAAAGACAUCAGGGCUCCGUGACUGAAGACAAGGCUUCCAGCUCCCACGUUGUGGUUCCCAUCCCCACCAGUCUGGAGGAAGAAGAGUGGGUGCGUCCUGUGAUGAAGAGAGACAAGCAGGUCCUCCUCCACUGGGGAUAUUUUCCAGACAGUUAUGACACGUGGAUUCCUGCAAGUGAGAUUGAAGCUGCAGUGGAGGAUCCUCCGAGCCCGGAAAAGCCCAGGAAGGUCCACGCCAAGUGGAUUCUGGACCUGGACCAGUAUAACGAGUGGAUGAACGAGGAGGACUACGAGGUGGGAGACGGUUGUCCCAAGAGGAAAAGGAUCUCUGCUAAGACGCUGACGGAUGAGGUGACCACACCAGAUGAGCGGCGGGACAAGAAGCCCGGCAGUGCCAAGAAGAGGAAGCGCUCGCCCUCCCCCUCCCCCACGCCUCCCCCACAAGAGAGCAAAAAGAAGAACACCAAAAAAGGACCCACAACCCCAUACACCAAGUCUAAACGAGGCCAGAGGGAGGAGGAGCAGGAGGAUCUGUCCAAAGACCUGGACGAACCAUCGCCUGUUCCAGCAUCUGAAGAGGGAAACACGGCUAAAACCAACAACACCAAGAAGGAUUCUGACUCAACCCCUGUCAAAGGAGGGACAGACAUGGAUGAGCAGGAGGAUGAGUCCAUGGAAACCGCAGGAAAGGAGGAGGAGGAAGGCUCUCCGAGUGUAAAGGGUGAACCUGUGAAGGGCUCCGACUUUCACGAGGACAACGUGACUGAGCAGACUCACCACAUCAUCAUACCCAGCUACGCUGCCUGGUUCGACUACAACAGUGUUCAUGCUAUUGAGCGAAGAGCUUUGCCAGAGUUUUUCAAUGGGAAAAACAAAUCCAAAACCCCUGAGAUUUAUCUGGCAUACAGAAACUUCAUGAUUGACACCUACCGACUGAACCCUCAGGAGUACCUGACCUCCACCGCGUGCCGCAGGAACCUAGCAGGAGACGUGUGUGCCAUCAUGAGAGUCCACGCUUUCCUAGAGCAGUGGGGACUGAUCAACUACCAGGUGGACUCUGAGAGUCGGCCCACGCCGAUGGGACCUCCGCCCACUUCCCACUUCCACGUCCUCGCAGACACUCCCUCAAGUCUGGUACCACUGCAGCCCAAAACAUCGCAGACUCCAGCCACCCAGCAGAUGAUGCCCUUCCCCGACAAAGUGAAAGACAAGCCGGCAGAUUUGCAAAACUUUGGGCUGCGGACCGACAUGUACAACAAGAAGUCUGGAUCUACAAAGAGCAAGAGCGCCACAAGCUCGAUGAGAGAUUGGACGGAGCAAGAAACACUACUACUACUUGAGGGCCUGGAGAUGUAUAAAGAUGACUGGAACAAAGUGUCUGAGCACGUAGGCAGCCGCACUCAAGAUGAGUGCAUCCUGCACUUCCUGCGGCUCCCCAUCGAGGACCCGUACUUAGAGGACAGCUCCUCAAAUCUGGGCCCACUAGCCUACCAGCCGAUCCCUUUCAGCCAAGCAGGAAACCCCGUCAUGAGCACCGUGGCCUUCCUUGCGUCUGUCGUUGACCCCCGCGUGGCCUCGGCCGCAGCUAAAUCUGCUCUCGAGGAGUUUUCUCGUAUGAAGGAGGAGGUCCCCGCGGCGCUUGUGGAGGCUCACGUGCGGCGGGUGGAAGAAGCGGCGCGAGUCAGCGGCCGACAAGAUCCUCUGUAUGGGCUGGAGGGUAGUGGCAUCGCAGGCACCGGCCUGGAGGAGGGAGAAAGACCCGAUGAAAGCAGCGAUGAAAGUAAGAGUGACAGCCAAUCAAGUGAGGAGAAGAGAGAUGCUAAGGUGAGUAAAGAUACAGCAGUAGAGGAAGAAGAGAAACAGGUGGAAAAUGGAAAGAAGGAAGAAGAAAGGGGAAGAGAAGCCGAAGGAGAGAGGGAGGCGGACAAAGCCGAGUCUGAGAUGGGUGAUGGAGAAAAGGAGAAGGAUGCAAAAGAGGGAACAGAGGAGGGGCAGAGAGAGGGAGAGAUAGAAGGAGAAAGGAAGGCGAAGGUUGAGCGUGAUGUGGGAGAGGGAAACCUGGCAACUGCUGCCGCCUCUGCUUUAGCUGCUGCUGCUGUCAAAGCCAAGCAUCUGGCUGCAGUGGAGGAGAGAAAGAUCAAAUCUCUGGUGGCUCUGCUGGUGGAGACACAAAUGAAGAAGCUUGAGAUUAAACUGCGACACUUUGAAGAACUGGAAACCAUCAUGGACAGAGAGAGGGAGGCUCUUGAGUACCAGCGGCAGCAGCUGCUGGCCGACCGGCAGUCCUUUCACAUGGAGCAGCUGAAAUACGCUGAGAUGAGAGCUCGCCAGCAGCACUUCCAGCAGAUUCAGCACCAGCAGCACAGUCAGACCGGCGGUCCUCAUUCCAACCAGGCCUCCUCAGGCCCUCAGCUCCAAGCUCCGACUGCAGGGCAACAAGCUCCCAGCACACCAGCAUCACAGGCGGCUCCUAGCCCUGCACCACCAAGCUCUUCUGCCCCGGCUCCUGAAGCCCAACCUCCUGCAGGGACUCAUACCCCAUCGCCCUGCCCCCCGAGCCAGGCCUCAGCUCCCGUCCCAGCUCCAGCCCCUCACUCCAGCUCCAGCACUACACCUGUACUCCAUGAGCCCAGCACCCCUCUCCAAGGAGAAACUCUCCACCCCUCAGCUCCUGCUCCUCCUCCACAGUGAGAAUACUUUUUAAGAAAAAACCUGAAAAUCCAAAUGACUGACCAUUCCAAAUCCUGCCUGUAUCAUCUGAAAUGAAGUAUUCAGCUCCCGGACAUAAAAAAAAAAAAAAAAAACAGUUUUCAUGUUCAGUAUUUUUUUUCCAACAGGAAAUUUAAUGUGUGACAGAAAAAUAAGAUACACGAGUCAACUCCCUCUCCUGACUGUUCAAACUAAGUCGACUCUUGAGGAAAAAAGAUUUUUCAUCCCUCGUGGUUGACUGGACAUCAACUGUCAAGUCAGAAUCAUAAACUCACCCCAGGAGAUCUGGUCAGCAUGGAUUAUCAACAUGCCAGCACCCAAGAAAGACAAAAGAGUCAUCUUGUGUUUUGAACGUUGUUGCUUUUGUUUUCCUGUUACACUCUUUCAUGGCUCGUGAAGUCUCCAGCUUCACAUCUUUGUGUUUUAGGUACGUAUAAAAACAUACAUGUAUGUAUUAAAACAUACAUGCACGUAUUAAAACAUACACGUAUGUUAGGAAGAAAGAAAAGCACUUUUGAAAUGUUUCCCAAGGUCUCGCUAAAAAACUUGAAGCAUCCAUCAAAUUGGAUUUUAGCACUUACACCUUCCUUUUGUUGUCUGGAAUACCCGCCGGUGGUUAUAGAAACUUAAUCAGACACGUUUUUAGUUUUUGUUUGUGUCACAUGGACAAAUGUACUCUUAACCCUAAAGGUCACAUGACUAAAAGUCUCUAAUGAAGGAAGAAGUUAGAAUUGAAAAUUAGAAAUUAGCAAACCAAGUUUUGAUGCAGUUUUUGAGAAAACGCACUGUAAACUGGAUUCUGUUCCUUUUAUUUAGUUUUUUUUAUUUGAAAGUACUGACAGUUUAAGGUUCUGAAAAGGCCUCCGUUUGAGUGCCCCCCCCCCCCCCCCCCCCAUUGUUGUGCAAGUGUGGAUGGACUCUAAACAUCCAGAUUGUAAGUUAGAGAAGAAUGUAGCUCACCAGGUUUGACUGAACACAAAGUCUUGGGACAAAACUCUAAAUUAUGUUAGCAACCAUAUCAGAGUGGAUGUUACAACUAAACUGUCUGUUUUUAUAAUCACAUUUAUUCGGUUACUUCUACACGAAGGUCAUAUUGUUUUUUUAUUAAUCAACCAAAAAAAGUACUUAAAAUUAACGUUAAAAAACCCGAAACAAAGUUGAAACUAAAUUUAAAAACAUUGUAAACAAAAACAUUUUUAAAGGCUAAAUAAAGUUAAAAAAAAUUGUUGUUUUUUCUAAAAGAAAAAAAACAGAACUUUUUUUUUGUGAAAAAGUAUUCUAUUUAGGAAAUUUUGUUCUCGCCGUUCCAUUUUUCCAUUUACAUAUUUUGCUCUCAAAACAUUUGUUUAGUUGAAUCAUUAAUAUUAUUAUUAUUAUUAGUGUCUGAGAUGAAAACUAGAUUGGUGGGCGGGGCCUUGCGGGUGAUAAAAGACCUCUCUGUUGGCCGAUGUCACAAAGUGACCCGUCUAAUAUACGUUUUGACUUAAACAAAAAACAGAUUUAAUUUUCAAUUCAGCCUUUAACAGAUAAAAAUUUUGAAGUACAAUAUUUUUGUUUAGAACUUUUUUUUGCAAAUUUUCUAAUUUUGGUUUCAACUUUACUUCUGUGGUUGAAGUUGUGUUUGAUUUAUAAAGAAACAAUAUAAUCUCCAUACUUUUGUUACUUGGGAGGUUAAAGAUGGAUUUUUAGAUAUUUUAUUUUUUAGUUUUAAAAUCGAAUUAGAAGAAACUUUAAUGCUGUUAAACACAAGGGAACAAGAAUCAUGUCUUUAAAAUGUGCAACGCUAUCCUCACUUUUUAUCCUGACAUUUUUUAUACUUCUGUCAGUGUUUUUCUUUGAUAUAUCAACAUUGUAACUGUAUAUUAUUACCUUUGUAGCCUGUAUUUACCCUCUCCAUCUUGUGUGUGUGAUUAGGCUGGAUCUGACUGUGAUUUUGUGCGUGUGUGUGUGUAUGUACGUGCUAUUAAGACUUGUAAAACACAUUACCAUUCAGUUUUUUAUUUAAGUGCCAUCAGUCGUGUGUUCACCAAGUUUGAAGACUUAAAAGUUAAAAAAAUAAAAACUUUGGUCUGCACACGACGCCUCACAUCAGUGUCAUGGUAUAUAACCCCAUCAGAUGGUGGAACUUUUGCAGUUUUUGUCCAUAAAACCAGUAUUGCAGUCCUCACUCCAGCUGUGAGCAUACAUGGACAUGUUUGAUCUGUGUUAUGACUACAUUGUGUGCAUUUUGUGAUAUGAAAUAAAUGUCUGCUCAGUU